AUGUCUGAAAAGCACCUAAAAGCCGGUGAUCCCCUACCACCAUAUAGCGGCAAAUUGCGGCUAUUUGCAAUGCGUUUUUGUCCUUAUGCAGAGAGAAGUAUUUUAGUGUUAAAUGCUAAAAAAGUUGAAUAUGAUUUGGUUCAUAUUGAUUUAGAUAACAAACCUGAGUGGAUAUUCAGUUUCAAUCCUAAAGGCACAGUGCCAAUUUUUGAGUAUGAAGAGGGUAAAGCCAUUUUCGACAGUGCUAUUAUCAAUGCCUAUCUUGAUGAAAAGUAUCCAGAACCACCCCUGCAAUCAUCAGAUCCAUUACAAAGAGCACAGGAUAAGAUAGUUGCGGAGCUUUUAUCUUCUGCUCACUCAGCAUAUUACACUGCUGCAUUCAAUGCUCAAGCUCUAACACCAGAGUCAACCCCGACUUAUCAUCGUGGUUUAGAGGUAUUACAGAAGGAAAUUGAAGCCAGAGGUACUAAAUUCCUUGCUGGAGACAAACCAGGACUGGUUGAUUACACUAUUUGGCCAUAUUUGGAGCGCUUUUUAGCCUUACCGCUGUUAGGAAAACCUGAAUUUGCUAUCACUGAAGAAAAAUAUGCAGCAUUGUUGACGUAUAUCGAAGCUAUGAAGAAUGAUCCUCCAGUGAAGGUAUACUGCUUAGCUCCAGAAACCCACGCUAAGUACAUAGAAUCUCGUGUCAAGGGCACCCCUGAUACUAACAUGCUUGAUACUAGUGAUGUCUGCUGCUUCCGUCCACGAAAGAAGAAGGCGUAA